AUGGAGGAGAUCACAACAAAGGGAAUUGUUUGCGAGACAUAUGAAGCUUUCAAGACGAGAAAACAAAACGAAUUUUACAUUCGACAUGUCAAUUAUCCAAGUACAACACAGCGAAAACUACUGCAAGUGCAUUUACGGCAUUUCUUACUAACUAUCGGGAAUACAAUUGAUCGAGAAUGGAGCAGAGACUGCAAAAAGAUGGCGACUCAAGUGAAUAAGGAAAAGGACAAUGAAAGAGCUGAAAAAACGGCCAGUCUUGUAGCUGUAAGUCGAGAAAAAUCUGAAGUUAAACGACACCAGAAAGCUCGUGUGAUCCAAAGAUUUGUUCGUCAGUAUCGAAGCCAGGAAUUGGUACAAGUGGCAUCGUUUGAAAAUGAAAUUGAGCUGCAGUCUACGUCAAAGAUGAUUGCAAUGGAAAAAGAGGAUACAUUCACUGCACCUUUACAAGAUACUACUGAGAUUGCUUCGGUUAAUAAAAGUACCACUCCAGAUUCGGCGAUGCUUCCUCUAUAUGAAUUAGUCAUCGAGCUCGUUGGAAUUCGCAAUCUUACCAAGGAUCUGACCGCCUUUAAUGGCUCAGAUGGAUUUUAUGUCGAGACAUCAAUUCAACUGAAGCGGCAAAGUUUUGUUGUUGCUAGCAGUCUAUCAAAAAUGCAAUUUGUAUCUGAAUAUCAAGAUGGUGGCGUUGAAAUAUUAGUGCAGGAUUGCUCAUUGAGAUUCAAUGUGGACCCUGCAAACAUGAAGCAAUGUGGUCUUACUUCGCCACAAAGUGCGCUUGAGGAAUUGAACGCUAAUAUAGUGGUGAGAACUUUCGAAAGUGGCUCUGAAAGUCACGCAAGCACUUUAGGCAAUGUUGAAAUCUCUUUGGCAACCCUCAAAACAUCACUGGCAACGAAGUUUGUGCUAUGCCGGUGGUUUCCGUUGACGAAAGCCCUAUCGGGUCAUUCAUCUCAUUGUGACCUUCGCAUUCGUGUUUGUUACUUCAUGCGACAAACAAGCGUGGAUAACGAUACGAUGGUUCCGUAUGUAAAUACGAGCCCAUCGUUAGGCUUUAGUAAAAAGUUUGAAAUACCUCAAGAGCGAAACGAACGAUUAGCAAGGCAAAGAAAGAGAAAAUCCGCGGCGUCGAAAUCAAAAUGUCAGAAAACGAAGACAAAUCAAAUCCUAGACACUUCCGACAAACUCAAUACUUCCGUUCGUUCACUUAAAAAUGUAAACACGAGUCCAAUUGCCCGAAUUUCUCACGCAGAAGCAAUCUCUCCACCACCUUCUCCAUGCUCUGUCACAUCAUCUGAAGCUGGUGAGAUUAUGAACAUACCAAAAGGCAGAUGUCAGGCCACACCAAGUCGAAAAGCUGAUAAAUUAUCGAAAAAACAGCACGUAAAAUGUGGAAAAGUAAUCGAGAAUGCACCGACACAGUCGUCGGUACAAGCAUCUUCAAAGACGUUUCUCAGACGAAAACCUUAUACGGUGGUCUUUAAAAAGCUUGACUGGUCGAACGUCACGUCAAAGACUGAUAGCAAUUUGCCUAACACUACAAUUAAGGGCUUGAAAUCUAGUGUCUCAUCUCGAUCGGCACCGUGUUUGUCUUCAAGUCGAGCGACAAAUUCGUCGACUAGAUCUGAAAAUACUGAAGCCACAUCAGAAGAUGCAAAUUCUUUUUUAAGUAGUGAUUCCAAACUCGGUGAUUGUAUCGAUGUAGCAACUAAUGAACGGUUAGCAGCGCUAGAAGGUGCACUGUUCAAACAAUGCUCUGUCACACGAGAUACGGUGCCACUGGCACGAUAUAAGUAUGAAGCAGAACGCAAAAAGAUCGUAGCUACCCUCCAGAGCCAAGCGCAGGUCCAGUGCAUGAGGUCAAUCGAGAAUCUAGACGAACCUUCGAGUCAAGUCGACAGGGAGCCGAGUACCGCCAUCUCGGAAAGUGCCAUGAAGGAAGUAUGGAAAAGACUCUCAAGCGAUGUAUCAGGACAAAUUUACGCGUCAAUGCUGCGAAACAGUAUCAAGGUUAUCGAAGCAAACGACAAUAUAGAAGCUAAUGAGCUAAUUGAGAACUCAAGACCUGCGAAUUCAGCAGAACCGGUUGAGUUUUAA